UAUGAGGAUUUUGAAGUUCUCUUGCUAGACUCGAACUUUGUUUCCAGAGCAGCAGUACACUGACAGUUUUUUAAUGUUGGUCAUCUGGAUGAUUUAUUGAAUGUUAAUGAAAUAAUUCUAGUCGUGUUAGUCUUGUAAAAUAGUUACCUUAAUAAAAUCGUCAUGCCUCAGAACGAACAUAUCGAACUUCAUCGUAAGCGGUAUGGCUACCGACUGGAUUAUCACGAAAGGAAGAGAAAGAAGGAAGGGCGUCUGCCUCACGAAAUGGCAGAAAAGGCAAAGAAAUUGCGUGGAAUCAAAGCAAAACUGUACAACAGGCAGAGAUUUUCUGAAAAAAUACAGAUGAAGAAAACACUAAAAAUGCAUGAAGAAAGAAGAACUAAACAGAAAGACCCAGAAAAGGUGGCGGAAGGUGCCGUUCCGGCCUAUCUGCUAGACAGAGAGAGGCAGAAUCAUGCCAAAAUUCUUUCAAAUAUGAUCAAACAAAAGAGAAAGGAGAAAGCGGGAAAAUGGGAAGUUCCCAUUCCAAAAGUUCGCGGCGUCAGCGAGGCAGAAGUAUUUAGGGUCUUAAAAACCGGCAAGCGAAAGAAGAAAGCUUGGAAGAGAAUGGUAACCAAAGUCUGUUUUGUAGGAGAAGGAUUUACGAGAAAGCCUCCAAAAUUUGAAAGAUUUAUUAGACCAAUGGGACUUAGGUUCAAAAAGGCACACGUCACGCAUCCCGAGUUGAAAGCCACUUUCUAUCUUCCCAUCAUAGGCGUGAAGAAAAAUCCAAGCUCCAUCGUGUACACGUCAUUAGGAGUGAUUACAAAGGGAACGAUCAUCGAAGUGAACAUCAGCGAGUUGGGUUUGGUAACGCAGUCGGGUAAAGUAGUCUGGGGUAAAUAUGCCCAAGUUACAAACAAUCCAGAAAAUGAUGGAUGUAUUAAUGCUGUGUUAUUGGUAUAAAUAAAGCAUUUAUGCCAUAAUUAUUUUAAAUUUAUUCUAAAUUUUUAUAUUCUCAAACAAAAUUUGAUUCUGAGGAUGCCACUAAGAUAGCCAAAAACAUUUGAUAAAUAAAAAAUUGCUUCUGGAACAGUCUA